GCAGUGAGGGGCACAGGCCUCUGCCGCUUUGUGGCAUGAUGAGAGGGUGCCAACGCGGCCACUGAGGAUGUGCGCUGGCAAAGGCACCCUAAGGCUAGAAGAUGACAUUGCUUCUGUGCUUAGAACGUCUGUUGUGAAACUCCUAACUGGGCAGCCCUCUCAGAAGCAGAAGGCCCUGCUGUUUCUGGAGGAGAAGAUGAAGAAGCUUCUGCAAGGGCCGGUGAGCGAGCUCUCCCUGAGCCAGAAUCACCACCAGCAGCUUUCCCUCGUGGAAAUAGAAACGGACACCUUUGUCUGUGGCGUCAAUAGAAAAUCUGCCAGCAGUGACUUUUCCGCUGCUCAGGGGAGGAGCCCUGGGACCAGGGAGGCCAGUAAAGGUGGGCUGGACUGGGAUGGAUACAUCGAAGCCCCACAGGCGUUAGUUCCAAGUCAGUGUGACUUAGGGGGCGUCUCUGGCUGCCUGGCCGCAGAGAGCCUUCUGGAGCAAAUGGAGAGCCCCGAGGGGCAAGCCGAUCUCGCUGCCCUGAGCCUUGGCACCAGCUGGAGGGGAGUUGCUGGGGAAAGAGAAGGGGAAGGGCCCUGCCCUCCAAACAAGCCCCUCGCCUACACUCCCUGCAGCCCUGGGCCCAGAGACCGCUCUGCCGAUGUCAUUGAGUACAUCGUGAAAGAGCUCCAAGGGAUAAGUCGCAUCCAGACCGAGAUUGCUGAGCUCCAGCAGCACCUCACCUUGAUCAAAGGCUCUGUGGACGAAGUCUCCAGCUGCGUGGACACUGUUCUGAGUGAGAUUGAGGGCCUGCAGAGCAGCUCUGGCCCCACCAGCAAAAACUCCCCCUUGCCAAAGGCCAAGGCCAGGGAGCCCUUCCUGGGAGGGCCCAUCAGAGAGCCAGUGUUGUAUUUUUAUGGCAUCCCAGAGCAGGAGGGGGAGAACACCAAGGAGCUAGUCCACCGUUUCUUGUCAGAGUACCACUGUUUCAAUGGCAUUCAGCGUAGCAAGUACAUCAAGGAUGCUUACAGAUCUGGUGCAGCAACAGGCAAGCAGCUGGCCCCACGACCUGCUGUUGUAAAGCUUGCUAACGCUGAGCAGCGAGACUUCAUUCUCCAGAAAUCGAUUCUUUUGCAAAGUGCAGGAGUUACCAUUGUGGCCAGCAGUGAGCAAAGCCAGCAGAAUGGCCAGGUGGGUCCUGGGGCACAGCUGAGCACCUUGCCCUUGCCAGGCCAGAGUGGGAAGCACUGGGGCUCCUUGCACAUUCGUGGGGAAGUGGUCAGGACGGACGGAGAUGGGCAGCUCCAAGCGGACUCUUGCCAGGCUCAGCAGGAAAACGCUUGCCAAGAGGUUCACCGCCGCGCAGGGGAGAGGCUUAACUUUCAACCGAAAUCCACCCUACCUAGGAAGAGCAACUUAAUUGCUGAACUUGAAGAAAAAGUGGGGAGAGUCGUGCAAAUAAUGGGCAGUAGUGAGCAGACUUUGCACAAAAGCAGCUCUUCCGCUGGAGUCCUUGAUGCAUCCCACAAGAAGCUGGAAGGCCCUGGGCAUGAGAACAAAGGCAGGGAUUCCUUGCCAUCCCCAGAGUGCUUGGGCAAGAUGCCCACCUUGUGUGAGGGAGGAGGGGGACGUGCCUCAGAUGCUGAAAAUGCCACCAAGGGCAGCUCCUCUCCUGUGGAAGAGGACCAAGCAGGAGGGCUGACUCCAGGGGAAAGCGAGACGGACUGUGAUGCCACCACGCUGGAGUUUCUCAGUCCUGAGCAAGUCAGUCUCCUGGAGGAGGCACCGGUGGCCAUGACCACUCCCAGCUGUGAUGGUCCUCUGCGCAAAUUGGUUGACAGCAGUGAGACGCUCAAAGACAUGAUCCAGAUUGACCUGAACGAUCAAGACCCAACUGAUCAGGUCUUCAGGGAUGUCCUAGAAAAUUCCCAGUACUUCCUUGAGCACUCUCGGGACAGCAUUGACCUCGUGGACAUGAGGUUUUACACUAACAAACUGGGCAAAGCACUGAAUCACUUCCGGUCUGCGCUGCAGGUGGUGUUCCACAAACUGGAGACCGGGGACCCAGAAGUCCUCCUUGAAGGGGAAAAGAGCUUCCAUAUGAACAAUGAGCCAGCUCCUGCCCUCCGUAGCCCAAGUGUGCACGGCAGCUUGGAUACCUUUGCUGAAACUCCCCCUAGUCAGUCUUCUGAGAGCCAGGCUAACACGACUGUGAGCAGUGACAGUGUGGGCCUGAUGCAGAGAACUCUUCCCAGUGCUUCAUUGCCUCUUGACGAAGCUCCGGUCCCCGACCUGGUGCCCCCUCUAGAUUCUGAGAGCUGUGUGGAGCAGCCCUUCCCCUCUGGAGAGGCCCAGCAGGAUCCGGCUUCUGCGCCUGCGCAGCCCAGCGGGUGCCGACCUAUGAGCCUCGAGAAGGUGUGUGCCGAGACCAUCUACCUGAACAAGUGCAUCAACAACUUCAAGAAUGUCCUGAGGGAAAAGAGGCAGAUGCGUCGGAGGCUCUUGAAGGAACUGGCCCAGGAGGCAAGCUGGACUUCCUCGGCUGAAGAGAUUCAUUCAGAAGGAAGUAGAGGAGAACUUCAGGGUCCGGAUGAUGGCGAUCCGUCCAAGUCACCGUGGUUCAAAGGAGGGCCAGCCGGGGGUCUCUAUGGCAUCGACAGCAUGCCUGACCUGCGCAAGAAGAAGCCCACCCCGCUUGUCAGUGACCUGGCCAUGUCGCUGGUCCAGUCCCGGAAGGCCGGAAUUACCUCAGCCAUGGCCACCCGAACUUCUCUCAAGGACGAGGAGCUGAAAUCACAUGUAUAUAAGAAGACCUUGCAAGCCUUAAUCUACCCCAUCUCCUGCACAACCCCCCACAACUUUGAGGUCUGGACAGCCACCACCCCCACCUACUGCUACGAGUGCGAGGGGCUGCUGUGGGGCAUCGCACGGCAAGGGAUGCGCUGCACAGAGUGUGGGGUCAAAUGCCACGAGAAGUGCCAAGAUCUGCUGAAUGCCGACUGCCUGCAGAGAGCGGCGGAGAAGAGCUCGAAGCAUGGGGCCGAGGAUCGCACCCAGAACAUCAUCAUGGCCAUGAAGGAUCGCAUGAAGAUCCGAGAGAGGAACAAACCAGAGAUCUUUGACCUGAUCAGAGAUGUCUUCAGUGAGAGCAAAAUGACCCACUCUCAGCAGAUGAAGACGGUCAAGCAGAGCGUUCUGGACGGUACCUCCAAGUGGUCAGCCAAAAUCACCAUCACAGUGGUCUGUGCGCAAGGUCUGCAAGCCAAGGACAAAACGGGGUCCAGUGACCCAUACGUGACAGUCCAAGUCGGCAAGACAAAGAAGAGAACAAAAACAAUAUUUGGGAACCUGAAUCCCAUCUGGGAUGAAAAGUUCCACUUUGAGUGCCAUAAUUCCUCCGAUCGGAUCAAAGUGCGGGUCUGGGACGAAGACGACGACAUCAAGUCCCGGGUCAAACAGAGGCUGAAACGGGAGUCUGAUGACUUUCUGGGGCAGACCAUUAUUGAGGUGCGAACCCUCAGUGGGGAGAUGGACGUCUGGUACAACCUGGAAAAAAGAACAGACAAGUCUGCCGUGUCCGGUGCCAUCCGCCUGCAGAUCAACGUGGAGAUUAAAGGUGAAGAAAAGGUGGCCCCUUACCAUGUCCAGUACACCUGCCUUCAUGAGAACCUCUUCCACCACCUGACAGAUGUGCAAGGAAACGGGGUGGUGAAGGUUCCUGAUGCCAAAGGGGACGAUGCCUGGAAGGUUUACUUUGACGAGACGGGCCAGGAGAUUGUGGACGAGUUUGCCAUGCGCUACGGGAUCGAGUCCAUCUACCAGGCCAUGACGCAUUUUGCAUGUCUCUCCUCCAAGUACAUGUGCCCGGGGGUGCCAGCGGUGAUGAGCACCUUGCUGGCCAACAUCAAUGCUUACUAUGCUCACACAACAGCCUCCACCAACGUGUCUGCCUCCGACCGCUUCUCGGCUUCAAACUUUGGGAAAGAGCGAUUUGUUAAACUUCUGGACCAGCUGCACAAUUCCCUCCGCAUCGACCUGUCCAUGUACCGGAACAACUUUCCGGCCAGCAGCCGAGACCGCCUGCAGGACUUGAAAUCUACCGUGGACCUGCUGACCAGCAUCACCUUUUUCAGAAUGAAGGUCCAGGAAUUGCAGAGCCCUCCUCGCGCCAGUCAGGUGGUGAAGGAUUGUGUCAAAGCCUGCCUCAACUCGACGUACGAGUACAUCUUCAACAACUGCCAGGAUUUGUACAGCCGCGAAUACCAGACAGACCCUAACAAAGCUCAGGACAUGCCUCCCGAGGAGCAAGGCCCCAGCAUCAAGAACCUGGACUUCUGGCCCAAGCUCAUCACCCUCAUUGUCUCCAUCGUCGAAGAGGACAAGAACUCCUAUGCCCCCGUCCUCAACCAGUUUCCUCAGGAGCUGGCUGUUGGGAAGAUCAGUGCCGAAGUCAUGUGGAACCUCUUUGCUCAGGAUAUGAAAUACGCCAUGGAAGAACACGAGAAGCACCGGCUGUGCAAAAGCGCCGACUACAUGAACUUGCACUUCAAAGUGAAGUGGCUCUACAACGAGUAUGUCUGCGGCCUGCCAGCCUUCGCCGGGAAAAUACCUGAGUACCCUGCGUGGUUUGAGCAGUUUGUGAUGCAGUGGCUGGAUGAGAACGAAGACGUGUCCCUGGAAUUUUUGCAUGGAGCUCUGGAGAGAGAUAAGAAGGAUGGGUUCCAGCAGACAUCUGAGCAUGCGCUCUUCUCCUGCUCCGUGGUGGAUGUCUUCACCCAGCUCAACCAGAGUUUUGAAAUCAUCAGGAAGCUGGAAUGCCCCGACCCGGCCAUCCUGGCCUGCUACAUGCGGCGCUUUGCCAAGACCAUCGGGAAGGUGCUGAUGCAGUACGCAGACAUCGUCUCCCGGAGUUUCCAGGCCUACUGCUCUAAGGAGAAAGUGCCCUGCAUCCUGAUGAACAACAUCCAGCAGCUGAGGGUGCAGCUGGAGAAGAUGUUUGAAGCCAUGGGGGCCAAGGAGCUGGAUCCAGAAGCCAGCGACUCUCUCAAGGAGCUGCAGGUGAAGCUGAACAACGUGCUGGAUGAGCUCAGUGCUGUGUUUGGUAACAGUUUCCAGGCACGGAUCGACGAUUGCGUCAAGCAGAUGUCGGAUAUCCUCUGCCAGGUGAAAGGGCCGGGGAACGCCCCUCCCAAUGUGGUGGCCCAAGACGCAGACAACGUCCUCAGGCCCUUGAUGGACUUCCUGGAUGGAAACCUGACGCUCUUUGCGGACGUCUGUGAGAAGACGGUGCUGAAGCGGGUGCUGAAGGAUCUCUGGAGGGUGGUCAUGAACACCCUGGAGAAGAUCAUCGUGCUGCCUCCCCUCUCGGACAACACGGGGACCCCGCUGAUUUUCAGCGCCGCUAAAGAACUGGGACACUUGUCGAAGCUGAAGGAUCACAUGGUCAGGGAGGAAACGCGGAGUCUCACCCCAAAGCAGUGUGCGGUGCUGGAACUGGCUCUAGACACCAUUAAGCAAUAUUUCCACGCCGGGGGAAGCGGCCUGAAGAAGACCUUUCUGGAGAAGAGCUCAGAUCUGCAGUCUCUGCGCUAUGCGCUGUCCCUCUACACGCAAACCACCGACACGCUCAUCAAGACCUUCGUGCAGACGCAGACGGCGCAAGGCUCAGGAGUGGACGACCCCGUGGGCGAAGUGUCCAUUCAGAUCGACUUGUACACACACCCCGGCACCGGGGAGCACAAGGUCACGGUGAAAGUGGUGGCAGCCAACGACCUGAAGUGGCAGACCUCGGGCAUGUUCCGCCCCUUCGUGGAGGUGACCAUGAUUGGGCCACACCAGAGCGACAAGAAGCGGAAAUUCACCACCAAGUCGAAGAGCAACAACUGGGCCCCCAAGUACAACGAGACAUUCCACUUCAUCCUGGGGAAUGAGGACGGGCCGGACGCCUACGAGCUGCAGGUGUGCGUGAAGGACUACUGCUUUGCCCGCGAGGACCGUGUGCUGGGCAUUGCCGUGAUGCAGCUCCGGGACGUGGCCGACAAGGGCAGCUGUGCCUGCUGGUGCCCGCUGGGGCGGAGGGUCCACAUGGACGACACGGGGCUGACGGUCCUGAGGAUCCUCUCGCAAAGGACCAACGAUGAAGUGGCCAAGGAGUUCGUCAAGCUGAAGUCGGAGUCGCGCUCCACGGAGGAAGGGAGCUGAGCCCUCCUGCGCUUCCACCCUUCUUGGGUGACUGAUGCCAACGUGUGCGGAAAGCGCAGCCGCCCGCUCUCUUUGACCCGGGGAGGAGCCUCGCGUCUCGGUCGGCCCCUUUGCCGGCCGCAGGAGACCUGUCUGGACCCUCAGCAGAAGGCAGAGAGCCAGAGCGAGGGGGGGGGGGUCUUGGACUUGGGGUGCCUGCCUCCGUCAUGGCUGCUCCUCUGGGGUUGGCGCUGCGGAGCAAGAACGCUAUUCUCUUGCGUGGGCAGGAAGACGAAGCCAAGGUGGGCCAGACACUCCUGGCCUGAGGGGGGUUGGGGGUGUCCACGUUCUGCAGAGGAGAUUUCAAGGAGGAAGGUGAGCAGCUGCUUGUUCCAGGCUGAUUCCUUGGGAGUCCAACCUGUUGGUGAGCCUGAAGCCUUUGCUGGUUUUGGGUGGGCAGGAAAGCCCAAGGUCAGCUGUGUUUUGCCCGGAGCCUGGUUGAGCCUGGGUCCGAGUGGAAGCAGGAGGGGGCUGCAGGAGCGUCACUGUCCCCACCCCCCACCCCAGACAAGCACAACACUGACCAAAAAUCCCCCCUUUGCCCACCUGAGCACCAUCCUCUCUCUCAGGGCCGCCUUAUCCUCCAUCCUCUUCUGUUUCUGCGCCAAGUCUUUGUCCUGGGAGUCUCCCCCCCCUUCUCCCUCCCCCAGUGUUGCUUUUGGGCCAUGCAGGGAGGGAGAGGUUUUCCUGGUGCAACCAUCGUGAACACACCCACCCACUGGAAAUAACUUUGCACUAGGAACCGUGCAGGAAGAAGCCAAGCUGCCGACUGCCAUGGCGGAUGACCCGGCCCCCGCCCUCUGUGUGCUGUGGCCCUCAAAGAAACACCCAAGAGCCGCAUGUUGAGGGGGGAUUCUAUUUGUAUAUUGGGGGGGGUGUUUUUCUAUUUUUUCCCCUCUUGGCACUUGUACAGCUGUAUAAUAACAGACCUUGUAUUUCUCAGACCUGCUUUUAGACGCCGUGUAGUUGUUGUCAAUGGAUGUAAGAUAAAACCGCUCUUUGGAUCACCACAAUUAUUACUGUCGCGGUUUUUAAUCCCUGUUUAAUGUGCCGCUGUGGCAGGAAGCGAUCCGUGUAACCUUUAAUAAAGGACCUUUUAGCAGCA